AUGUCUCGUCGCAAGCCCGAUAUUGAGGCUACAGAACCUGCGUUCUCAUCAUCGGGAAGUAGCAAGUCUGACUUUGGUGCUACGCGGCACCACGAACAUACCGGACCUCGUCAGCACCGACAAGCUUCCGUUGCCGCAAAACUUCGGAACCCACUAGCAGGCCUUACUGAGGAGCAAGUCAUAGCCGAUGUUGACGCAUGGUGCGUUGAGAAGGGCCUGCAUGAGGACCAGGAGGCAUUUCGCAAGGGCGCACUCAUCGCUCGCGUAGGCCAACGAGACGAUGGCUUUGAAUACGUCAACCAGUUGUCAACAGAAGAGAAGGAUCUGCUACGGCAUGAGAUAAAUCAUCGAUGGUCACAACCGUUCAUGUUGUAUUUCCUAGUUGUGCUCUGCGCAGGCUCUGCUAUUGUGCAGGGUAUGGAUCAGACGGCCGUCAACGGUGCUCAGGAGUUCUACUUUGAGGAGUUUGGCAUCACAGAUGAUCAAGUCUGGCUUCAAGGUCUGCUUAACGGUGCCCCAUAUCUCUGCUCUUGCCUGAUCGGUUGCUGGUCGAAUGCACCGCUAAACAAGUACUUCGGACGUCGAGGCACUAUCUUCAUUUCAUGUAUCAUCUCUUUCAUCACCGGUAUUUGGAUGGCGGCUGCCGACAGCUGGCCAAAUCUCCUUGUUGCACGCUUCAUGCUCGGUUUUGCUGUCGGCGCAAAGUCGUCGACUACCCCCGUCUACGCAGCCGAGUCCGCACCCAAGACUAUCCGUGGGGCCCUCACCAUGAUGUGGCAGAUGUGGACGGCAUUCGGAAUCAUGCUGGGUUUCGUUGUCUCCGUCGCUUUCCAGAAAGUCACGAUCAUCGGAGGACCAACCUCUCCGUGGAGGUGGAUGUUGGCCUCUACCAGCAUUCCUCCCUUGAUUGUUUGCGUCCAAGUAUACUUCUGCCCGGAAUCACCGCGCUGGUACAUGGAGAAGGGCAAGUUCGACAAGGCUUUCCAAGCACUUUGCCGCCUACGCAAGCACAAGAUACAAGCUGCGCGUGAUAUGUACUACGCUUAUAAGCUUCUCGAGAUUGAAACUGCAGAGCGAGAGGGCAGGAAUGCUUGGAAGGAAUUCUUUCUUGUCCGCCGCAAUCGCCGGGCCGCACAGAGCGCUUUCUUCGUUAUGUUUAUGCAACAAUUCUGCGGAGUCAACGUCAUCGCCUACUACAGUACCUCCAUUUUCAAGGAAGCUGGCUUCUCGCAAUCUGAAGCUUUGCUCACAUCCAUGGGUACUGGCAUUACCAAUUUCUUGUUCGCUAUCCCGGCCAUCUAUACGAUUGACACUUUCGGUCGAAGGAACCUACUGCUCACAACCUUCCCACUCAUGGGUCUUUGCCUUCUUUGGUGCGGAUUGUCCUUCUACUUACCUGAGAAUCCCGAUGGCACGCCGAGUCAGGCACGCCUUGGUUCAAUCGCGGCAGCCAUCUACACCUUCAUGGCUGUGUACUCGCCUGGUGAAGGCCCUGUGCCCUUCACCUACUCGGCAGAAGCAUUCCCACUCCAUCUUCGCGAUGUCGGCAUGUCUUUCGCCACUGCAGUAUGCUGGGGCUUCAAUUUCAUUCUUUCUCUCACCUGGCCUGCCCUCCGCGACGCUUUCACACCGACUGGAGCCUUUUGCUGGUACGCAGCUUGGAACUUCUUCGGUUUCUUCUACGCCUACUUCCUCUUGCCUGAGACCAAAGCUCUCACGCUGGAAGAAUUAGACACUGUUUUCGACGUUGGCAACCGCCAAUUCUCAGCCUACUACACAAGGAAGUUACCAUGGUACAUGAAGAAACAUAUUUUGCGCCAGAACGUUGAGCCAAUGGAGCCGCUAUUCGACCUCCAUGAGACGGGCUCGCGCACAGAUUACAUAAGUGAGCCUGUUGGUGGCGGAGGUGGGGCUGGUGCGAUGGAAGGCACGAGGUUCGUGGAGAAGGGCGAGGUCACGAAGAUGUGA